AUGGCCGAUCGGAACGGAAGCAUCCUUUUUUCACCGCACCGCCCAAAGGCAAUUAUACGACUAUUGGAUUCUUCAACGUUUGAGGUAACACUUCAUUCGCGUUUAUCGGUUGAAGACGUGUUAGGACUUAUUGCGGAAAAAUUCGAAAUUUCAAACCUUGACUCUCGAUUUUUCGCAUUGAGCAUCAACGACGAAGUCGGCAACUUCCACUGGCUCGAUUCCUCAUUGAUACUCAAGGAUCUCGCAGCAGCGUCCGCAAAUCCGCACGGCAAUUUGAUUCUAAGUCAUCAUGUCCGAUUUUUUGUCGAAGGAAUCUCUGAAGUGCAAUCAGCUUCAACAGCGAAAUUCUAUUUUCUAGAAGUUCAGAAUCAGUUUAUUAGGCACGAAUUGAUCUGCAACUUUGACGACUACCACGAAUUGGCUGCAAUUCUAGUGGCGCUUUUCGCUCCAGAUUGCCAAGAGGAGACGAUUCGAGAAGCGAUCUCGCGCGUGUUGAUCAACUCGCACCCAUCCUACAUACUGUUGAAGAGCGACGGCGAAGAGGUCGAGAAGCGCAUCUACGAGCGAUUUCUCAAUUGUCGACGAAUGCCGCAAGGGACCGCCAUCAUGAGAUUUCUGAAGAUCGCUGAACGAAGCGAAUCAUACGGCUAUCGAAUGUAUGAGCUGCUCAACGAUGACGGCGACAAGUGUUUGGUGUCGAUUGGAUCCAACGGCGUCUAUGUGUACAAGCGAAGUCGAAAUAUGAAUGUCAUCACUCCGUUUAUGGCGUUCCAGUGGCGGUAUAUCGACAAUUUGUACUAUCGAGAGAACAAGUUCUCCAUUGAAAUUCGGCCACCAAAACGGGAUUCGAAGAACGAGGAUAAUCGAAUUGACGACGACACAUUGGUGAAUGAUAGGCAACUAUUUGAGGCAUUCAGCCAUCCGACGACGCAAGUGAUCACGACGAUCCGCCGCAAUCAUCAGCAGCAAUUUCGGCCGCUCAUCUACAACUUCACGUGCUCGUCAUCGCUUCUGUGUCGAACGGUUUGGUCGUCGGCAAUCGCGCAACACCAAUUCUUUCUCGAUCAAAAGGCAUUGAAACGGGUACGUCCGCUUUUACGAUUGUCCCAUUUCGUUAUUUCCACUUCGACAACUCAUAACGGUCGUUAUGACAACGAAUCAUCAUGA